AUUUUUUUGCCCAUAUCGGCGUCCGAUCCUAUCCAAAUAUCGGAUCGGGACAUCUCUAGUCAACAUGUCAAGGGUCUUUGGUAGCAGUAUUUUUUCUCAUCCAAUGUACUGUAGUGCUGCAACGAUCAAUCGAUUAAUUCGAGUAAUUCGAUUAGAAAAAACUAUUCGAAUUAAAGUUUGCUGCUUCAACUAUUCGUUUAAUUAAAGUGGCGUUCUUAUGGUUUAUUUUGAAAGUGUUUGCAUUUAGUUUUGUUGAUUUGGGUGGAUACACUGCCUUUUAGUGGCAACAGUGAAUAUGACAUAACUCAUUUCACAUGGCUGAAUCCAGCUACGGCCUGUUAAGACCAACAUAAGCUAUGUAUUUUUUUUUUUUUUUUUUUUGCAUUGGUAAUGUGGUUUAUAGGUAUUUUUUAGCUGUUUUUUGUGGUAAUAUGUGUUUGAACCAUUUGCUAAGAGCAUUGUAAAAAACAAAAAACGUAAGCAUUAUAUAGCAUUUAAGCUGGCUAUGUAAGAUAGCCAGUUGUUCUUGGAUCCUCAUUUAUUUACGGUAUAUUUUCAACCGUCUGAGGCUCAGUUCAGGUACUUUAAUUUUAUAUGUUCCUGAUCCGAUUACUCGAUUAUCCAAACUAAUUAGUUCCCUGAUAGCUGCAGCCCUAAUUCAAUAUGUAGUCAAACAGAAUGUCUACUGUGCUCGCCAGGCAUUCAAGGCAGAUUGAGACAAACAAACCAUCAAACUCACACAAUGGUCAUGUUAGCGUUUUCAAACAACUUAAUAUGCAUCGGAUGUCAUAAGAAGGCCACAUCUGACUGAUGUAAAAUAUAUAGUUUUAUUUUGAAAAUAUUGCCGAUGGACUACUUUGAAUUCAGAAUAUAUUUGCUCACUCUUUCAGUCAUGCAUUUUGCACUUUUUUGUUGCUGUUUUUGCACAGAGUAUGAUGGCAACCUUCAUAUGAACCCUUUUAAAAUCACUCAAGUUGCUCACUGAUCCACAUUCUGAUUGACAUAGUUUGCUCCCUCGGGACUGCCCUCUUUUCUUUUUGAAAGUAUGACAUUUAAGUUGCCUUUAAAUAUGAGUACCCAUGUUUAUGUACUUGGAUGUCCUACUUACCCUCUAUGACUGUGCAGAAAGAGGACAGUAACAUGACACUCUUUGUGGCAUUUAGGAACUGAAGUCUUACCCCUGUAUGUGUGGCGGCGUACACAUUUUAGAUGUGCGUGUGCGUCUGUGUGUGCGCAAGCAUGUCGUACGUGCACAAGUGAAAAAAGGGGGUGCUGGUGGUGGAGGUGUUAGCAACAUAGCAACUCCUCUUUGACAUCAGUGCCAGGCCAGUCUUCAGAGCCAGCAAGCACAGAGGAGAAGAGGAGUAGAACACGCCUGCAACUUUGGACCUAAACCCAAGGACCAUUAUUAAUUGUCGGUGCCCCAUCAUUCCAGAAUCCAGCCGGGAGCAUAGUUUAGGAAGCUGUAUGAAGAAGACUGAAAAGUUUUCACACUAAAGGGCAAAAAGUUUGAAUGGUAGAGACAAUACUACAUUGAAUUAUAAUUUUAACUAAAAAAAAGCACAAUGGAAGAAGAGGAAGAUGAGAAUGGAUUGAAUGCCUUGCAUUUGGCAGCCAAAGAGGGACACCAGGAUCUAGUGGACGAAUUGUUGGAGAGAGGAGCACCCGUUGACUCAUCCACAAAGAAAGGAAACACUGCUCUUCACAUUGCCUCGCUGGCUGGGCAAAGAGAGGUGGUCCGUUUGCUGGUAAAGAGGGGUGCUAACGUGAACUCGCAGUCUCAGAAUGGCUUUACCCCGCUCUACAUGGCUGCACAAGAGAAUCACUUGGAGGUCGUAAGAUACUUGUUGGAAAAUGAUGGAAACCAGAGUAUUGCGACAGAGGAUGGCUUCACCCCCCUUGCCAUCGCACUCCAGCAGGGUCACAAUUCAGUGGUGUCACUACUGCUGGAGCACGACACUAAAGGCAAAGUGCGCCUGCCUGCCCUGCAUAUCGCGGCCCGCAAGGACGACACCAAGUCAGCCGCGCUGCUUCUCCAGAACGACCACAAUGCUGACGUCCAGUCCAAGAUGAUGGUCAAUAGAACUACUGAGAGUGGUUUCACCCCUCUGCACAUCGCAGCUCACUAUGGCAACGUGAAUGUCUCCACCCUGUUGCUGAACAGAGGAGCCGCUGUGGACUUCACAGCCAGGAAUGGAAUCACGCCUCUGCAUGUAGCCUCAAAGCGAGGCAACACCAACAUGGUAGUCCUGCUGUUGGACCGAGGAGCUCAGAUCGAUGCUAAAACUCGAGAUGGACUUACUCCUCUACACUGUGCAGCCAGGAGUGGACAUGAUUCAGCAGUGGAGCUGCUGUUGGAGAAAGGCGCGCCCAUUCUCGCCAGAACUAAGAAUGGAUUGUCCCCGUUGCACAUGUCAGCCCAGGGUGACCAUGUGGAGUGUGUGAAGCUACUGCUGCAGGACAAAGCUCCUGUUGAUGAUGUCACACUGGAUUACCUCACAGCACUGCACGUUGCAGCUCACUGUGGGCACUACAGGGUCACCAAACUGCUACUGGAUAAGAAGGCCAAUCCCAAUGCCAGAGCACUAAAUGGAUUCACGCCCCUACACAUCGCUUGUAAAAAGAAUAGGGUGAAGGUGAUGGAAUUGCUGGUGAAAUAUGGCGCGUCCAUCCAGGCAAUUACUGAGUCUGGCUUGACACCGAUUCAUGUCGCUGCCUUCAUGGGUCAUCUCAACAUUGUCCUACUUCUACUGCAGAAUGGGGCGUCGCCUGAUGUCCGCAACAUUCGUGGCGAGACAGCUUUGCAUAUGGCGGCCCGAGCAGGCCAGAUGGAGGUGGUGCGCUGUUUGCUGAGGAACGGGGCACUGGUGGAUGCCAUGGCCAGGGAGGACCAAACUCCCCUUCACAUUGCAUCUCGUUUAGGGAAAACUGACAUUGUCCAGCUGCUCCUCCAGCACAUGGCCCACCCGGAUGCUGCUACUAUUAAUGGUUACACCCCUCUCCACAUCUCAGCCAGAGAGGGCCAAGUGGAGACAGCCGCUGUGCUCUUGGAGGCAGGAGCUUCACACUCCAUGGCCACCAAGAAAGGAUUUACUCCCUUACAUGUAGCUGCUAAGUAUGGAAGCCUUGACGUUGCAAAAUUACUUCUUCAACGCAAAGCGCUCCCUGAUGAUACAGGCAAGAAUGGACUAACUCCGCUCCAUGUGGCGGCUCAUUAUGACAACCAAGAGGUAGCGCUCCUGCUGCUGGACAAAGGGGCCUCACCUCAUGCUACUGCAAAGAAUGGCUACACUCCUCUUCACAUCGCAGCAAAAAAGAACCAGACUAACAUUGCACGAGCCCUUCUACAGUAUGGCGCAGAGACCAAUGUUCUGACCAAGCAGGGUGUCAGUCCUCUUCACCUAGCUGCACAGGAGGGACAUGCCGAGAUGGCCAGCUUGCUGCUGGGCAAGGGCGCUCACAUCAACACUGCAACCAAGAGUGGGCUGACUCCUCUGCAUCUCACAGCACAGGAGGACAGGGUCAGUGCUGCAGAAGUAUUAGCUAAACAUGGUGCCAACCUGGACCAGCAAACAAAGCUUGGUUAUACUCCUCUCAUAGUAGCCUGUCACUAUGGUAAUGCCAAGAUGGUCAACUUCCUGUUACAGCAAGGUGCCAGUGUGAAUGCCAAAACCAAAAAUGGAUACACAUCACUUCACCAGGCAGCACAACAAGGGAACACACACAUUAUUAAUGUUUUGCUGCAGCAUGGGGCCAAACCAAGUGCAACUACAGCGAAUGGAAACACUGCUUUAUCCAUUGCCAGACGUCUGGGUUACAUCUCAGUGGUGGACACACUGAAAGUGGUCACGGAGGAAGUCAUCACUACCACAACAACAGUCACAGAAAAACACAAACUCAACGUGCCAGAGACCAUGACGGAAAUCCUUGAUGUGUCAGAUGAAGAAGAUGAUCCUUGGAUGAUCCUGGAAGGUGAAGACACUAUGACUGGCGACGGAGGCGAGUACUUAAGAGCAGAGGAUCUCCGAGAGCUUGGAGAUGACUCUCUGCCAGGACACUACUUAGACAGCUUCAGUUACAUGAGCCACAACCUGGACAGACCCCAGUACCAAAGCUUCCAUCAGAGGGAUGGUGUUCUCAUUGAGGACAUGAUUACCAGCCAUCAAGUGGCAGCACUGUCAAGGGAGCAAGACAAGGACUCGUUCCGCUUAAGCUGGGGGGCUGAGCACCUUGAUAAUGUGGUGCUGUCCUCCAGUCUGCUGCAUUCUGGCCGUUCGUCUCCUUGCCUAGACCAUGACAACAGCAGCUUUCUGGUCAGUUUUAUGGUAGACGCAAGGGGCGGAGCCAUGCGCGGCUGCCGUCAUAAUGGCCUUAGAAUCAUCGUGCCGCCAAGGAAGUGUUCUGCACCUACGAGGGUGACGUGCAGGCUGGUGAAGAGACACCGCCUGGCUUCCAUGCCCCCUAUGGUCGAAGGAGAGGGGCUUGCCGGGCGCAUCAUUGAAGUGGGACCUACUGGAGCCCAGUUUCUGGGUAAGCUUCACCUUCCCACAGCUCCGCCCCCUCUGAAUGAGGGCGAGAGUCUGGUCAGUCGCAUCCUGCAACUGGGUCCUCCAGGAACAAAGUUCCUCGGUCCUGUGAUUGUGGAGAUCCCACAUUUCGCCGCACUGAGGGGCACUGAGAGGGAGUUGGUCAUUUUGAGGAGUGAAACAGGAGAAAACUGGAGGGAGCACCAUUGUGAUUUCACAGAAGAGGAGCUCAACCAGAUACUUAACGGAAUGGAUGAAAAACUGGAUUCCCCGGAGGAACUUGAGAAGAAAAGAAUCUGCCGCAUCAUCACGCGAGACUUCCCACAGUAUUUUGCCGUGGUGUCUCGAAUAAAGCAAGACAGCCAUCUUAUCGGUCCGGAGGGCGGCGUCCUCAGUAGCACUCUUGUUCCCCAAGUACAGGCUGUCUUCCCUGAGGGAGCACUUACUAAGAAGAUCCGAGUUGGGCUACAGGCUCAACCUAUUGAAGUUGACUUAGUGAAGAAGGUCCUUGGCAACAAGGCAACAUUCAGUCCAAUUGUCACGCUGGAACCAAGAAGAAGAAAGUUCCACAAACCAAUUACAAUGACAAUCCCAAUUCCAAAGAGCGUAAACAACGAUGGUGUCGGAUCUGUGUACAGCGGAGAGACGCCUACAUUACGUUUGCUUUGUAGUAUUACUGGCGGGACAACACCAGCUCAGUGGGAAGACAUCACUGGCUCUACACCUCUUACUUUUGUUAAUCAGUGUGUUUCCUUCACGACAAAUGUGUCAGCAAGAUUCUGGCUGAUAGACUGCCGACAAGUCCAGGAUUCUGUUAGUUUUGGCUCUCAGUUAUACAGAGAGAUCAUCUGUGUCCCAUACAUGGCCAAGUUUGUCAUAUUUGCCAAGACCUUGGACCCCAUUGAAGCACGACUGCGCUGUUUCUGUAUGACUGAUGACAAAAUGGACAAGACGCUGGAGCAGCAAGAGAACUUCACGGAAGUUGCACGAAGUCGAGAUGUUGAGGUCCUAGAGGGAAAACCAAUAUUUGCUGACUGUUUUGGAAACCUGGUGCCCCUAACGAAGAGUGGACAGCAUCAUGUCUUCAGCUUCUUUGCCUUCAAAGAGAAUCGACUAGCCCUUUUCAUUAAAAUUAGGGACACAGCACAGGAGCCUUGCGGUCGGCUUUCUUUCACGAAAGAACCGCGCACAUACCGCAGCCUGAACCACAAUGCAAUUUGCAACCUUAACAUAACCCUCCCAACAUAUUCCAAGGAAUCUGAUUCAGAGCAAGACAUGGAUGAUGAGAGUGAAAAGAGUGACAAGAAAUAUGAUGAAUCAGAAUCAAUGGAGACAUUCUCACUGAAAACAAGUCAACCUCUGGACCCUGCAACACUUGCAAGUCCAGAUCUUCUUUCUGACAUGUCAGAUAUAAAAAUUCCCAUUUUGAAUACAGAGCAUUCUGAUCACUUCAAAAAUUCAGAGGCAGACGGUUCUAGGUGGAGUGAAGAAAAUGAAAUUCUGCCCAACUAUGAACUCGAAGAGAGGCAUGUAAAGGUUGGAGAGAUUCAAAGAAACCAGACUAAAGAUCAAGAGCAAGAAGACAGUUCAAGAAAAGCAAAAAAGUUAUCGAUCUUUGAGUCAGGUCAAGAAAGGAAAGUUGAGACAAAGAGCACUUUAGGCAGACUCCCCACAGAGGAAAGAGACAUGAGACCCAUUGACCCAUGCCUUGUCAUUGAGACAAAAUUGGAACAGCAAGCUGCAUUGAUGGGUGAUUCAAAAGAGGAGGUUGUCCAAAAAAACAGUGAACAGCUUGUUGUGAAGUCUGAUGUUAAACGAAGGCCGCCAGACAUCAAGAAACCAAUUAGGAGAAAGCUACGAGACAGAGAGCAAUCUGGAUAUAGUAGCUCUGAGGGGGAGCUUGAAAGGAUGAGCUCUGAGGAGUCUUUAGACGGGGAUGUUGUUCUGAAUGAGAGUUGCUUUGUGCUUGAGUCACACUUAAAUCCACCAGCUUCCCCACGAGUGGUUGAAACACCUAUAGGAUCAAUAAAAGACCGAGUUAAAGCCUUACAAGACAAAGUUGAAGAAGAAGAGAGCCAAAAACACGCUCCAGUACAGCUUUCCAGAUCAUCCCUUGCAAAAACAAAAAUGGAGCGUGAAAUGCCAGAGCUUCCCCGUGUUCCUAGAUCCCCAAGAUCUCAAACAGAAAGAUUAGAAGAGACUAUGUCUGUCAAGGAACUAAUGAAAGCAUUCCAGACUGGCCAAGACCCAUCAAAAAAUAUAUCAGGGCUUUUUGAACACAAAGCUUUGGCUCCUUGUGAUACCACGCAAACAAGUAAAUCAGCAGAUUUUAAAGAAAGUACAGAGACUGAACAAAGUCCAAAAUCCCAAACAAAACCCCAAAGUCACAGCAUUCACAUUCCCUAUAAUGAUAAUGACUUUCAAAGAGAUGACAAAGCUGACUGUGGAAAUCAGCCAACGGGCAUACUUAAAGAUACGUCCAAAGAAUCACUUUUAUUUUCCAACGUAAAUGUUGGAAAGACUGUCACAUUUUGUGAUGAUAGAGGCAUUAAUCCAUGCACAAAGUCAACUGAUCCUAAUGAAAAGGAAAACAUGUCUGUUAAGGAGCUAACAAAAGCAUUUCAAUCCGGGAAAGUGCCUUCAAAAAGUCAAGAGGGGCUUUUUGAGUCGAACUCCAUCACUACUACAGAUAUUUCAGAACCAGAUGAAAUCGAUUUCACUGAAGAUACAAGCUCACAUGACGCAAAGUAUCAACUUCAAUCUGCAAACUUGAAGUCCCAUGAUGCAACACAGCUAAUCACCGAUACUGUUAGUUUUGGAAAAAAGGAAGAUAAUGUUGAUGAAAUUCAGCAUAGUCCUCAGAGAGGACUAUUAACAGACAGAGACUGGGAAAUGAUGCAAAUUGGAGAACAAUCUAUCAGUACUGGUCCAACUUUAUCUGAAGAUUUGCAGAUAAGCCCUGACCGCAGACCUUCUGAAGAUUUCAGUGCUGAUAUAAAGGCUGAGCUUGAAGAAAGUCCCGAGUACCAGCUAUUUAAACAAACAGCCACAGCCUUAGAUGUGAGAGUUCAACUGGUGGGAUCCAAUGACGGGACUUCGGUUAAUAGUCUACAAAUAUGCCCUUCAUUAGGCGAAACUAUUUCACUUACUGAUAAUGAAAUGAUUGAUGAAGGACUUGCAUUUACCCAUCACAUGAACGAUGAUGAUGAACUUAAAGAAAUGACAGUUGAAGAACCACUACUUGAAGAAGUCCACAUUGGUAGGAAAAUAGAUAGGCCGGCAUGCAAAUCGGCAAAAGAUAUGUCAGGAAUGAUGUCGUUAAUGAACACUGACUUAGAUCAGUUUGUACAAAUGAGUCCGGCAGCAAAUCAGCAACCCCAAAAUGUUAUCAGUGAGGAAAAUUUUGAACAAAUUAUCAUACUUAAGGAAAAAGAUAUCUGCAGAUUUUCAUCUGAUAAUAUUGAAUUUGGUAAAGAACAAGAAACUGAUAGUAGAAUAAAGAAAGGUAAUUCAUUGAAAAUGGAAGCUGAAGAAGCAACUGCGGAAUGUGAAAUACCAAAAUGUGCAAAAAGGAGAUCUGGGUUGUUAUCGGUUCAAAAUGAUUUGGAUUUGUUCCUAGAGUCAAGGCCAAAGUCUAGGUGGCCAGAGGAACAGAAUAAUUUGAGGGAGGGGAUUGAAGAGACAGUUUCUAGACAAGACAAUAAUAGUAAGAAUUAUUCAAGUGAUGGACAGAACUACAAAGAACUUACAGGGACCCUGCAAGUGAAGAAUCAGAUGCCUUCAUGCUUGCAGGAUGAAGAAGUGAAUGAUGAAGGAAAAGAGGAUUCAACAAGUGAUCAUGGAAGCUGUGCUCUGUUUUUACAAUAUGAUCAUGGAACUGAAAAAAUCACAACUGAGGAACCGCUCCUUCAAGAAGUCCAGACUGGCAAGAGAAGCGAUUACCAGCAGCCUGUAACACUGAGAGAUAUGUCAGGGUUGGUGUCCAUAAUGAACACUGACAUGCAUCAAUGUCUAGAAACUAGGCCUGUAACGGAUCAAUUCCCACAAGAGGAUAUCACUGAGAAAACAUUUGAAACUAUCCUUAUAGAGGGACAAGAUAAUGACAUUCACCUACUUCCUUCUAGUAUGGCUGACUUUGGCACAGAACAGAAACAUUUUGAAGAAAAUGAUAGAAGAGAAGACGUAAAUUAUGAACCACCUGGCUCCAAUUUGGGCAAUGACUGCGAAGAACUUUUAGUGGCCACUCAGAUGAACAGUGAUAAUAAAAACAUCACUACUGAUGAAACAAGACUUGAAAAAGUCAACUAUGGCAGGAAAACAGAUAAUCAGGCACCCACACCACUGAAAAAUAUGCUAGGGUUAGUGUCCAUGUUGCAAACGGAAAUUGAUCAAUCUGUCGAAUCUAGUCCUGUAACAGGUGGACUGCUACAAGAGGAAAUCCUUGAAGAAAGUUUUGAACAAAUAAUCAUAACAAAGAAAAUAGAAAAAGAAACCCACCCACUUUCUUCUGAUGAAGCUGAUUUUAGCACAGAACAAAACCAUUUUGAGGGAAAUGAUCAAAUUGAAGGCAAAAAUGAGACUCCUCAUUCCAAUACAGGCAAUGACUAUGAAGGACUUUUAGUGGCCCCUCAGAUGAACAGUGAUAAUGAAGACAUCACAACUGAUGAACCACAAGUUGAAAAAGUCUCCAAUGGCAAGAAAACAGAUGAUCUGGCACCCACAGCAUUGAAAAAUAUGUCAGGGUUAGUGUCCAUAAUGAAAAUGGAAAUGGAUAAAUCUCUUGACUCUACUACUGUAACAGAUCAACUAACACAACAAGAUAUACUUGAGGACACUUUUGAUCAAAUUAUUCUAACGAACGGAAAAGAAAAGGACGUCCACCUAUUUAGCUCAUAUAAGGCUGGGUUUGGCACAGAACAGAAACAUUUUGGAGAGGAUGAUAAAAUUGAAAACGAAAAUAUGAUGCCUCGUUCCAGGUUGAGCAGUGAUUAUGAAGGGCUUAUAGUGGCCCCUCAGGCGUACGAUAAUGAAAAAAUUACAAUGGUUGAACCCCUUCAUGAAGAAGUCUGUAUUGACAAGAAAACCAAAAGCCAGGGAUCUACAGCAGUGAAAGAUAUGUCAGGGUUAGUUUCAAUAUUGAAAAAGGAAAUGGAUCAAUCUCUCGAGUCUAGUACUGUAACAGAUCAACUACAACUACUGCAAGAGGACAUCAUCGAGGACAAUUUUGAACAAAUUAUCCUAACGAAGGAAAAGGGAAAAGACCUUGUCCCAUUUAUUUCUGGUGAAGCUGAGUUUGGCACAGAACAGAAUCAUUUUGAGAAACAUGAUGAGAAGGAAGCUGAAAAUAAAUCACCUCGUUUCAGUUUGGGCAAUGACUAUGAAGGACCAGUGGCCUAUCAGAUGAACAGUGAUAAUGAAAACGUCGCAACUGAUGAUCCAAGACUUGAAGAAAUUUACAUUGGCAGGAAAACAAAUGAUCAAGCAACCAAAGCAAUAAAAGAUAUGUCAGGGUUAGUCUCUAUAAUGAAUAACGAAAUGGAUUAUUCUCUGGAAUCUAGUCCUGUAACAGAACAACCGUUGCAGGAGGAGAUCAUCGAAAACAAUUUUGAACAAAUCAUUCUUACGAAGGGAAAGGGAGAAGAAAUCCUCCCAUUUAUGUCUCAGAGGGCUAGGUUUGGCACCGAAAAGAAGCAUUUUGAAGAACAUCAUGAAGAUGAGAUGCCUUGUUCCGGUUUGGGCAAUGACUAUGACAGAUUUUUUGUGGCCUCUCAGGGGGACAGUGAUAAUGAAGAAAUCACAAUGGAUGAACCACAACUUGAAGAAGUUCGUAUUGGCAAGAAAACCAAUAAUCAAGAACCUGCAGCAGUAAAAGAUAUGUCAGGGUUGUUGUCCAUAAUGAAAACAGACAUGGAUCUAUGUCUCAAAUCGAGUCAUGUGACAGAUCAACUGCAACAAGAGGAUAUCAUUGAGGAAAAUUUUGAACAAAUUAUUCUAACCAAGGGAAAGGGAGAAGACGUCCUCCCAUUUACUUCUCAGAAGGCUGGGCUUGGCACCGAACAGAAACUUUUUGAAGAACAUGAUAAGGAUGAAGAUGAGAUGUUUUGUUCCGGUUUGGGCAAUGAUUAUGAAGGAUUUUUAGUGGCCUCUCAUGUGGACAGAGAUAAUGAAGACAUCACAAUGGAUGAACCACGAUUUGAAGAAGUUCAUAUUGGCAAGAGAACCGAUAAUCAGGGACCUGCAGCAGUAAAGGAUAUGUCAGGGUUGGUGUCUGUAAUGAAAACAGACAUGGAUCAGUGUUUCAAAUCUAGUCCUGUGACAGAUCAACUGCAACAAGAGGAUAUCGUUGAGGAAAAUUAUGAACAAAUUAUUCUAACGCAGGGAAAAGGAGAAGAAAUCCUCCCAUUUACUUCGCAGAAGGCUAGGUUUGGCACCGAACAGAAACUUUUUCAAGAACCUGAUAAAGAUGAAGGUACGAUGCCUUGUUCUGGUUUGGGCAAUGACUAUGAAGGAUUUUUAGUGGCCUCUCAGGUGGACAGAGAUAAUGAAGACAUCACAAUGGAUGAACCACGAUUUGAAGAAGUUCAUAUUGGCAAGAAAACCAAUAAUCAGGGACCUGCAGCAGUUAAGGAUAUGUCGGGGUUGGUGUCUAUAAUGAAAACAGACAUGGAUCAAUGUCUCAAAUCUAGUCCUGUGACAGAUCAACUGCAACAAGAGGAUAUUAUUGAGGAAAACUUUGUACAAGUUAUCGAAACAAAAGGAAAUCACAAAUACAUCAACCCAUUUGCUUCUGAUAAGACUGAAUUUGGCACAAACCAGAAUGAGUUUGAAAAAAACUAUAUAAGAACAGAAAGAAGUAAGACACCUUGUUCCGGUUUAGAUGAUGAUUACGAUAGACUCUUAGUGGCCUCUCAGAAGAACAAUGAUAGUGAAGUAUUCACAACUGAUGAUUCACUACUUGAAGAAGACCAUAGUGGCAAGACACCUGAAAACCAGGAUCCUACAGCAGUGACGUAUAUGUCAGGGUUAGUGUUUUUAAUGAAGAAUGACUUGGAGCAAAGUUUAGAAAUGGGGUCCAUACCAGAUCAACCACAGCAAGAGCAUAUAACUGAGAAACAUUCUGAACAGUUAGUCUCAACAAAGGGAAAUGGGAAAGCUGUUUAUCCAUAUGCCUCUGAUGAAAUUAUGUUUAACACAGAAAAAACUCUGAUAACACAAAACAGAAAUCGGACACCUUAUUCUAGUUUGGAAGAUGAACAUGAAGAACUUGCCGUGGAAGACAUCACAGUUGAUCAAUCCCAAUUUGAAGAAAUCAACUUUUACAGCAGUGUAGACUACCAGGCAACCAGAGCAGAGAAAGAUAUGUCUGGGUUAGUGUCCAUAAUGAAAAAUGACUUGAAAGAUGACUAUGAAGACUGUAGAGUUACCACUCAGAUGAAAAAUGAGAAUGACAAAAUCCUAGUGGAUGAACCACUAUUUGAAAAAGUCCAUGUUGGCAAGAAAACCAACAAUCAGACACCCACAAAAGUGAAGGAUAUGUCAGGGUUGGUGUCUUUAUUGAAAAAUGACUUAGAUCAAUGUCAUGAAACAAGGACUGUACCAAAUGAACCACUUCAAGUGAAUAUAACUGAGGAACCCUUUGAACAACUUAUCCUUACAAAGGGAAAUCCAAAAGAAAUUCACCCUCCUCCCUACAAUGACUUUGCAACAGAACUGAAACAUUCUGAAGAAACUAUCGGGAGACAAGAAGAAAAUAGGGCAUGUCCUUCCAGUUUGGAAGGGGACUGGGAAGCGCUUGCAGUGGCCCCUCAGAUGGACAAUGAGAAUGAUGACGAUAAUGAUCAUGCAAAGAUGGAACAUCGUUUGUUUGAAAUAAAAACAGCCAAAGACACAGAGAAUGAAUCGGAAGAAUCCAAAACCACCAAAGACAUAAAAGGAAUUUCUGGGAAGUUGACAGCCAGCUUAAGUGACUUGAAUAAAAUCACAGCGGGCAAUUCUGUGGCCACCUGUCCAAAAGAAGAAAAUUAUUUUCAUGAACAAGACCAUGUAAAUCAUUAUGUUGUUCUAGAUGGCAUUAUACAUGAAAUAGAUAAGGGGCAGGCCAUCACUAAAGAGUUCACUAUGACAAAAGAAUUGAUGGACCAAAAAACGUCCUAUCAACCAUCUACUGUUGCAAAGGAAGCACCAGGCAUGAUAUCAUUGCUAAAGAGUGACUUAGACCAAUAUCUGAUGGAUAGGCCAGUGACAUAUCAGACUCCAGAAGAGGACUUUAUUGAGGAUAAAUUUGAACAAGUUAUUCUUACUAGAAAUCAGAAAUCCUCAAGUGACGAGAAACCUAGAAACUCAGACAAGCAAGCUAGAGAGACACAGAUGCAGACUCAUGUGGGUAAAGUCAAAGAAGUGGUGUCAAGUUCAGUUAGUGAGGCACCAUUCCAGGAUGAUUCCACUGAUGAAAAGAAAUGCAGAACAGAAUCUAAAACUGAGAGGGAUAUGUCGGGCAUGUUGUCACUCCUUGGUUGUGAAUUAGACCAUUAUAUAAAGAAAGAACCAGUGCUUACACAAUGCUUCCCAGCAGAUGAGGUAGUCCAUGAAAAGUGCAAACAAACAAUAAUAUCUAAAGACAUCGACAAAGAACCAUAUGCAUUUUCACCUGAAAAUAGCACUAUGUUUUCAAAUGAUGCCAUGUCAAAACAAAGUAAAUGCAAGACCUAUUUGCAUGAAGAUGAAAGUUGUGAAAGUUUCCCAGCCAAAGAGGCUGCAUCGAAAACGUAUCCUACCAAUGACUCAAAUAUUAAUGACCACAGUGAUAGUACUGUGAAAUUUGCAAAGCCAUAUGAAACGAUGGGUGAAUACAACAAAGAAUAUAUAGAUACCAAUUUUGGCACAUCUACACCACAGAGGCCAGCAGAUUUAAAGAACCUAGACACGGUCAGUUUUGAUGAAACAGUUAAAGAGCUUUAUCCACAUGACUCUCUCGAGGGAAGUCCAAUUGUGGAGGAUAUAUCUUCAAAGAAAUCACCUGAUUCCAUUGAGCCAAGCCCUACUAGAGAAUCUCCUUGUCCAGAUUCUCUCGACGGCAGCCCUACUAUUUUAGAGGGUAACGGAGACAGGACAUUGUCAGCCACGAGAGAGUCUUUUGACACAAAUAUUUGUGAGGAUGACUUUGAGUCAGAAAACAACACAAGCGAGGGUACUUCCAAAGUAAAUCAAGUUACCCCAGAGGAGGAGAUGUUUAAAAUGGCUGCAAGGAUAAAAACGUUUGAUGAAAUGGAACAGGAUGCUAAAACCAAGGGUGAUACUUUCCAAUAUACUCCAUCACAGACAAAUGAUGAUGAGUAUGUUGAACAAGAUAUAAAUACUGCUCCAGCUAUGACAUGUUCUUUACAAGAUACACCAGAGGAAUAUAUAGAGGAAACAUUUGCAGGAACUGAUAUUGGUUCAACUCUAUGCAAAGAGAGGGUGCAGUUUGAACUCCAAAAAGAUACAGAGGACUUCUUUACAGGAAGUGAAGAGUCUCGACCCAUCAACAUCAAAUGCCAAUUUGACAAUGAAAGUAAUUCAAAGAGUGGUGCUGAUGAAACACAUUUUUAUAGCUGUGUUACAGAUGAGCUUAAUGCGGAUAAUGACAACGAUAACCUACUCCAAGGUCCGUCUCAAGAAACCCAAUGUAUUACAUCCAAGUGUGACCAUUCUGUCACCCACUCUGGGCAAGCCGAAAAACAGGAGCAUUAUUAUCAUUAUUCAGAAAACAGUAGAACAUUUGAUCAAUCACCAGCUCAAUCACCAAGUGAUGACAAAACCCCCGAUCAUUUUCAGUUUGAAGAGGGAAAGUUAUUUGAAAUGACCAGAGGCGGUGCAAUUGAUUUGACAAGAAGGAGUGUUAAUGAAGAGGUCGAAGGGUAUGCAUUUUUUCAAAUAAAGGGGCAUCCAGUUGACGAUAUUUUUACCGAGGAGACUGGGCAAGAGCAAAGCAGAUUGUCAAAAUUCCACAACAGUAAUUCAAUUGUAGAGGAUAUCCAACAGAAGACAACAGAGAUUUAUGUUCCUACACCCAAACCUCGAACUUUCGUAACAACUUCAUGUGAGAAGUCAAAGAGUGACAAGCAUCUUUCUGAUGCUGAUCUUGGUAGCUCAACCGAAGUUCAGCUCGGUUCACCAACAGGGAUGGACAAGCUAAACCUUAUUCAAGGGGAUGACAACUAUCUUGACUCUACAAUAGCCGAUCUUCAGGCAAGCACAAAGCAAAGUUGUGAAUUACUAUACUCCUCUGCUGAUGAGGAUGAUGAGGAUGAUCAGUGUUCUGUCAUUGAAAUGUCUUUUUCAAAUGCACUCCGUGAUGUCAAUCAAUGCAGCCAAACAAAGAAGGGUAGUAACUUAAAAGUGGGAAGCUCUCCAAGGGACUCUGAGCCUGAUUUGUCAAACACAUCAGUAGACCCAAUAAUGAUUCGGAGAACAAGAUCUGAGACAGGUGAUGAUCAAAGUAAAGUCUCAAGUAAAAACAGCAGGAGUUGUUCUGACAGUGCUCAAUCCACAUAUGAAUCAAGUCUUUCCUCGGCUAAACCUCUUCCAUCAUCGAAACAAAUGAAAGGAAUCGUUAUCUGUAAGAAUGAAGAAUCGUCAAUUUCUUUGGAUACUGAUGACAUCAGCAGCUCAAGUCACAAAAGUCCAGAUUCUGUUAUCUUUAUGUACGACAUCCCAACCUCAAGCAGUUUAGAUUUGGACCCGUUGACAGCUGUGCAGCCAUCUUCUGGUACAGCUGAUGUGUUUGAAUCUAGGCCUACCUGGGAUGACACAGUGGAAACUCAGAUGGAGAGACUCACCGAUGAACCAUCUCCACAAUGCAUGGCAGGUAUGGCCAGGUCUACAUGGGCUUUUGCUUCAUAGUUCUCCCUGGCAGCAAGAACUCUUUCUUCUUCGUAAGACCAUUCUGGCAUUAAGUGUGUGCAUGUUGUGGUGUUUUUUGCAUGUUGGUGAGUUACUUGUCCAUCUCAUCUGUCCGUGUCCUAUCUCAAGAUUGAAUGGUCAUGUUGGUUUUAGAUGACAAGCUUAAUCUGAUGCAGACCAUUGGUAUCUCUGAUACUAAUUCAGCUUGACUAAUAUUUCAAAAUUUCAUCUGCAGAUCUUGACCAUAUAAUCAUAUUUUAGAAAUUCUUUAGAUACAUAAAUCCAACCUUUAUCUUUCAUCGCUAUCAACAUAACAU